GCCCAAGUAGUCUGGGGACUGGACAGCAAGAGGGGACAGAAGGACAGGCACAGACAGAAGGUGCCAGCCUGUCAAAAAUGCCAAUCCUGAAGAGCCUGGGGGUGGGAGACCCUAAGGUACCGCGAGCAGGGACUCUGCCCCUGCGGUCCUCUCGCAACCCCUUUGAAGACACUCCAACGCUCGAAGAAGAGGAUGGGGAGCUGGGGACACUGCCCAAUGGGACAUCAUGCCGCCGGCGGGCCACGCUGGAGAAGCUGGCUGGUCUGGCCCCCUUCCGGCUAGGCUGGACCUCGGGCAGGCGGGCAGGCAGCCCCGGAGAUGGGCAAGUCCGCUCCUUCUUGGGCCGUGUGCUGGCACCGGGCAUACGGAGGAGCUCAGCGGAUUUCGGCCUCCUAAACCGGCUUCAGGGGUUCCGAACCCAUGGCGAUGAGGAGCCAGCUGGGGAAGCGGCUAGAAGACUUGCUUUCCUGAGACUCGGGCGUGGGCCCAAGCCCCGGCGGGCAUCCCUGGCAGAGAGACUGGUACCUGCAGGCGAAGCAGCCCCUGAGCCCCCACCCAAAGUUCCGGAGCCUCCCAAAAUAAAAGAACCACUGUCAGUGCUGGAGAUCCUGGGCCUGAUCCAGAGGCGCGAGCUGGCGCGAGCGGACGAGCACAUCCUGGAGCUGGAGGCGGAGGCGCCGGCGGCGGAGGCCGAGGCGGGCGCGGGGCGGCGCGCGCGGGACGUGGCGCUGCUGUACGAGGCGCUGCAGCGCGAGCUCUGGGCGCUGGUGCGCGAGGCGCUGGCGUCCCCGGGACCGGGCACCGGCGCGGUGGCGCAGCUGGGUCUCGACGUGGCCGCCGUGCGGGGACGCCUGGCGCCCGCCUACCCCGCGGGGCUGCGAGCCGGCGCCGUCUACCUGCGCGGCUACCACGAGGCGCUGGCCGAGUGGCUCGGGGCGGCCGCGCGCCGCAGGCUCCCGCUGGCCGAUCGCUACGCGCUGCUGCACUGGCACAAUCAGGUGUACCCCAGGGAGAUCCUGGGCCUGGUAGACGUGGUUGCCUUGGAGAACGGGGAGCUGGGGCCCCUCCUGUCUGCUGGCACUCUGCGGGGUCUGGAAGAUGAAUGUGUCACAGAUGUGAAGGCUCAGACCAGAGCAGCCCUUCUUCGAGUGUUGCAGGAAGAUGAGGAACAGUGGGGCAGCAUGGACUACAGACCCAGCAACCUGGCCCAGGAUGUCUGUGAGCUGCUAGAAGAGCAUACAGAGAGAGCACCGCACAUCAGUCAGGAGUUCGUGGAGAGAAUGGCCUAUUGCUGCCUGGGAGGGCUGGCAGAGUUCCUGCAGAGCUUCCAGCAGCGAGUCGAGCGAUUUCACGAGAACCCAGGGGUCCGUGAGCUGCCCUCUGACACCUACAUCAGCAGGACUAUCUCGAUGGUCAACUGCGGGCCCCCCCUGAGGUCUCUGGCUGAGCGACUGGCCAGGGUGGGGCCCCCUGAAAGUGAACCAGCCCGGGAAGCUUCAGCCAUCGCCCUGGACCGUGUGACCCGACUCUGCCACCGUGUCCUUGCUGAAUUGUUGUUUCAGGAACUACAGCCUCACUUCAACAAGCUGAUGCGAAGGAAGUGGCUGAGCAGUUCCGAAGCUCUGGAUGGCAUCGUGGGCACACUCGGCGCCCAGGCCCUGGCCCUGCGCAGGAUGCAGGAUGAACCGUACCAGGUUCUGGUGGCUGAGCUGCACCGGCGGGCGCUGGUGGAGUAUGUGCGACCACUGCUCCGCGGGCGUCUGCGCUGUCGCUCUGCGAGGACCCGCAGCCGCGUGGCUGGGAGGCUCCGCGAGGACGCGGCGCAGCUGCAGCGGUUGUUUCGCCGGCUGGAGUCCCAGGCUUAUUGGCUUGACCAGGUGGUGCCACACUUGGCCGAGAUCUUGCAGUUGGAGGACACUCCGAGCAUCCAGGUGGAGGUCGGGGUGCUGGUGCGGGACUACCCAGACAUCAGGCGGAAGCACGUGGCAGCCCUCCUUGACAUCAGAGGUCUCCGAAACACAGCUGCCCGUCAGGAGAUUCUGGCGGUGGCCCGCGACCUGGAACUAUCUGAAGGUGGUGCUCUAUCACCCUCUCGGGACCGUGCCUUCUUUGCCGACAUCCCUGUGCCCCGUACAUCUUUCUGUCUCGGCCUCCCUCUCUUCUUGGGACGCCUCCCAGUGUCCCGGCUGGCCAGGCCCAAUCUGGCUUGUCUGCCCUUGCGGCCUCGUCCUCCAUCACCAGUUAGAGCCCGAGCCCGAGCCGAUCGCUGAGACUCCCGGUGCCCCCGUUGCUGCUGACAUACCCUCCUCCCUUUCGUGUGACUCCCUGCCUGAGACACCGACCUCUGAGAUGGGAGGUUCCUUAGAUAUCCCACCCAGCCCGGAGCAUCCCCUCCAGAAGGGAAACUGAGGCCAGAACGAGCAAAGAGUUCCCCAAGGCUGCCAGGGGUCGUUCCCCGUACCCUCCUCCCCCAUAUCCCAGCAUCGUGGGGAGCCUUCUGGAAGGCUCUACAGAAAUAUCCCAGCCCCACCUCCUUUCCCCUCACCUCAAGGUCUGGCCCCGAUCCAACGUAUUAAGGAAUGGUAGAUACUUAGAAUAAAGAGGUUUCUAUUUAACACUAGGAAGGGCUGAGUCCCAAGUGCAGGGGCGGGAAAACAGGGCCCAGGGCCAAGCACUCUUUUGCACACACCCAAGGCCACCAGGGCUGGGGUCCAACUCAUAGGGAAGCCACAAAUGACCAGAUACUCCUCACUUGCCCGUUGAUACCGAGUCCUUGAGCUGUGGUUCUGAGGCCGGGGCUUGUCCAUUCUGAGCCAGAUAACACUAUUUUAUCCUGCCCAGUGUCUGAUGUUCUAGGUCUCCUGUUGCCACCUUGGCACGGCCCUCCCUACCCGUGCUUAGGGAGUCGGGGAAACCUUGCCCAGAAAGGAAGGAGCUGGGGGGUUGGGCUGGCAGCAUCCAGGGCGCCCUCCUGGAUUGAUGCAGGAAAAUCUCAGGGUGGGAAAAUUUCCAGCCUCUCAAGCCGGAGCCCAGCCGGAUCCGAAUCCCCACAGAGUCCUUGAGGUCAGCUCUCUGCUGACCUCUGCCCCUCCGGCCUCAGCUGGACAGCUCAUGAUGAAUGCUUCCUGGCCCGGGUUAUGUUUUAUUUUAUUUUUUCCUUAAGAAGUCAGAAAAGGGAGACAGCCAGGGGUCAGCACAGGGGCCGGGCUUGGAACCUCACGCACGUCUGGACAUUGGCAACAACAUGGCGGCUCUAGACUUCGAGCCUCUGGGCUGUGUGCCUGCAGAGGGGACGGUGUCAGUCUCUGUGCCGUGCUUCCUGUCCCUCCUGGGAAGUUGCUUAACUUCUCUUUGCCCAGAAGAUGCCCCUCCCCUCUUCCUUGACCUUCUGAAAGAGACACCGCAAUGUCACUGGCGCAGGAGAGGGGAACUGACUGUGUGUGUGGGCACUUGCACAAUUACACAUGUAUUUAAUCUCGGCGUGGUUAUGCUCUGUCGUUUUGGGACUUGAUAUAUCCGUCAUUCAAAAGCAGCUUUAUCACCAGGCUUGGCGACAGCAGGGCUGUGAUCCCAGCAGUCAGGGGCUGAGGCAAAAUAACAGAAGUGUUAAGCUAGACUGGGCUACAUCUCAAGACCCCACCCACAAAACAUAGUGUCUGGGACCAGGCAGGGGAAAGCGCCUGCCACCAAGCUUAACAGACUGAGCGUGAUUCCAGGACCCACACGUUGGAGAAAAUAGAAUCCUAAAUGUCUUCUGACCUGCACACACACUCUUAAAUAAAAUGGAAUAAUAACAAAUGUAA